AGCGUCACGAACACGUGACUUCCUGACUGCAGUUGCUUUCUGAGCGAAAUGGCUGCUGUCGCUGUGGUGGACGCAUUCUCCAGUACAGAUCCUGUUGCAGAAGGACUUCUCGAACUCAUCAAGCCUGCGAUUCAUCAGCUCGAUUUACACGUCCACUCAGUCAGAGAAAGCCAGGUGGAAUUAAGAGAGCAUAUAGACAACUUGGCGACGGAGUUAUUCAGAAUAAAUGAACACCAGAAGAUUGCACUAGACCUGGAUCCUUACGUAAAGAAGCUACUUAAUGCGAGGCGUAGAGUGGUGCUUGUGAACAAUAUUCUACAGAACGCUCAGGAACGCCUGAGAAGGCUAAAUCACAAUGUGGCCAAGGAGACAGCACGAAGGAAGACCAUGCUUGAAGCAUCAGGAGUGUUCACCCCUCGUUCACCUAGUAAACCAUGAGCCCUGUUCCCCACUGUGCCGCAUGAUUUGUCCCACUGAGGCAUGAAGGACUAGAAGUUCAAAUAUUCAGUGGGCCCAUCUCUCUGGAAUAUUUAGAUGUGUUUGCUGAAGAACUUGAUGUUAUCUUGCAUUGCUUUGUUUUUGUCUUUAAAUUAAAAAUGUGUGUUUAAAAUGAGCACAAAAUAAUGUCUGUAGCAAUUACUUAAAACCCCUUAUGUUUCUCAUUCUAGUAAUUUUCAAAAAUUGUUUUCAACUAAAGUGUUUGUUUCCAUUAAAAGACAUACACGAUGGUAAUGUUAAUUGUUUUGGAUAGCUCUAAACUUUAGAUUCAGACCUACACUUUCUGGGUUUGAAUGGCAGUAUUGAGUUUAACUAUGGCCACAUACAAAUGACGGUUUCAUGGGGACUAUACUUUCUUUGUUGAUGAAUAGUUUUAGGGACUUCAAACUUGGUACCUUUGUGAAAAGUGCAUACUGCAUGAGAAAUGAAUGAUAAGCUGCUUGUCUUGCUAAGAGUUGCUGUUUGUGUGUACUAUUUAUUGUAAGUUGAAAUCGCAUAUCAUUCCUGGGUAUUCCAAAGAAUAGUUUGUUAAUCAGAUAAUGGCAUUUAAGAUUUUUCAUUGUAUCAAUAGAGGAAAUAUAAGCUGAACUUAUAAAUGGAAAUUUACUUUGGAAGUUGCAAGUUAGUCUUGCAACAGCAAGGUUUUGGCUGUUUGAAACAGAGACUUAGGGUUAGGGUUAGCAAUGCUUAGCCUGGUGGGGUACAAGUAAAACCUCGUGACCCAUCAGCCUUAUAAUACACCGGGGGAAACCCUGCUUCAUUUUUCCCCUUCAGAUUAUUCAGCUUUCCCUGCAGUAGCAGGGAAAGCUGAAUAAUGAAAAUUAAGGAGAGAUUUCUUGUAUUUUCGUUUCUCUUCAUUCUCUUCAUUGUCUCCCUGUUAAAUCCAGACCAGAAUGUAUAAUUCUCCUUAUAUUUCAAUACAAUAAUAACAAAUCUCUGUCAUUUUUCAGAAAUUUGAUUGCUCCAUGUUUUGAAAGUAAAAUGGGAGGCAGAUCUUAUAGUUGUCAGACUUUCCUCCUACGGAAGCAUGAUCCAAUUUUUGUCUGUGAAGUAGACAAAUACUGUCUACAGCAUAAAACUUUUUGUUUUACAAAAGCAUACUGUAGGGAUAGCAUAUCUUAUGCUAUCCCGAGCUACUUCUAUAGGUAUUUUUUCUAGGCUUGUAUUGUCUGUUGAGUCUGUUGAGCACAUUUCCUUUUCCUGCUACUUUUUGUACUACACAGUAAAAUAUUGCUGUUUAGGUAACAACUUGAUGCAAAAACUUGAUUGUUUCAGUCAGUUACUUGAUGCAAUCAAUUGGGGCUAUUUGGAUAGAAACUUUUUCACAAAUUAGAUGAUAAACUGAACUUAAUAACUCCCCGUUGUUUUAUAAAUAGGAUCAAUGUGGAAUGUCUCUUACUGACAGUGAUUGGAUUAAGUUUAUCUCUGUUCACAAGCAGGAUUUUGUUUUGGUGAACUACCCUGACAUCAAUUGGCAUGUUUGAUUUAUUUGUAAUCUGAAAAAAUAAAAAGCAGCCAUAAAUAACUGUCAUUUCAGUUAUUAAAUUUUUUGUAGAUGAAAUGACAACUCAGUUGUUAAAUUUAAAGUUUUUUUUUGCCAUGUUUGUGAUUUUUUUUCUCCUCACCCCCUCAUUUUUAUUUCUCAUUGAUGUUUGAUCCAAUUUAGACAGUUGAUCAAACAUGACACAAAAACAGUGAUUCCAGGUUUUUGUACCAAUAAAAUUAAACUCUUUGUGUCAAU